AUAACCUUUAAAAAUUAACCAGCACAUGCUCAAGAUGAAAACUUUGAUAUAAUCAAUAACAACAAUUUCAAAUUUCUGGUGGUGAAAACUGUGAUAAUUAUUGCGAUGUCCAAAGAAGAUGACGCGAAUCUAAUGCCCGUCUUAUCAUCUCAACCUAUUCGUGCAAAGAGCUUGACGCGGGCUAAUCUCGAGAAGCCCUCACCACUACUUCGCAGCAGAAUGCCGAAUAUUAAGGUUUUUAGUGGAACGUCGCAUCCCGAUCUCGCGCAAAGGAUCGUCGACCGCCUGGGAAUCGACAUUGGGAAGGUAGUAACAAAAAAGUUUAGUAACUUGGAAACAUGCGUGGAAAUUGGGGAAUCCGUGCGCGGGGAAGAUGUUUACAUCGUGCAGUCGGGAAGCGGCGAAAUCAACGAUAACCUGAUGGAACUUCUUAUUAUGAUCAACGCCUGUAAAAUUGCAUCCGCCAGUCGAGUUACUGCCGUUAUCCCUUGCUUCCCUUACGCCAGACAGGACAAAAAAGACAAGGCUGGAAAUGCGGAUGACAAAGAGCGAAGCGUUGAAAAAUGGAAAUCUAUCGAAUGGAAAUACAGGAGCCGAGCGCCGAUAUCAGCAAAAUUAGUCGCGAAUAUGUUAUCAGUCGCCGGAGCCGAUCACAUCAUCACAAUGGACUUGCAUGCCUCUCAAAUUCAGGGCUUUUUCGAUAUACCAGUCGACAAUUUAUACGCGGAGCCUGCGGUUUUAAAAUGGAUUAAGGAAAACAUACCGGAAUGGAGGAACAGUAUAAUUGUUUCGCCGGAUGCGGGCGGCGCCAAGCGGGUGACCUCCAUUGCGGAUCGGUUAAAUGUGGAAUUCGCUCUUAUUCACAAGGAGAGGAAGAAAGCUAAUGAAGUUGCGUGCAUGGUUUUAGUUGGUGACGUUAAAGAUAGAGUUGCCAUAUUAGUUGACGAUAUGGCAGACACGUGCGGUACCAUUUGUCACGCCGCCGAAAAAUUAAUGGAAGCGGGCGCGACGAAAGUUUACGCCAUAUUGACACACGGAAUUUUUUCUGGGCCGGCUAUUUCCAGAAUUAACAACGCUUGUUUCGAAGCGGUUGUCGUUACGAAUACAAUUCCUCAAGAUGAACACAUGAAGGAGUGCCCAAAAAUUCAGUGCAUUGACGUUUCGAUGAUGUUUGCUGAAGCUGUACGACGUACCCACAAUGGUGAAUCUGUGUCAUAUCUUUUCUCGAAUGUUCCUUAUUAAAGAAAAGCAUUAGUGUUUAAAACAGGAUGAACAAAUCUGAAACUUUUUAUAUUCGUCGUUGAAUAAAUUAAAGGAAUGCAGACUGUUUGUCCUUGUGUAUGUUGCCUCUAAAUUUUCAAUUAAGAAAAUUUAUCAUGUUACAAUAUGUCAUACAUAUAAGUUUUAUAGAAAGAA